CAGUCUGCACCCGCUGUGUUGCAUGAUCACCCGUUCCAUCGGAGAAUGCCGGCAUCCUAUUUUCAGUCGGUUAGGAGCCGAGAGCGACUCAUCACCCAUCCGACCUUUGUCUCGCGUGUUGACUUGCACGUCGAUUGACACAGUCGAGCAUCAUCAGUGCGCUUGGUUCGAGUCGAUCGCAGUCCUUGAGAGAGGAGAUCCAGGAGUAUACCCUAUCGCUGCUGCGAGAUCGGAUCGAAGAAUUGUGCUUGGCGAGACACAGAGAUGCGUCCAGUCAUCCUUCUUGCCACUACGAUCAUCUUCGUCUCCAACAAGGCUUACGCAUCGCUCGAUCGACCCGACAUUGAAAGGCAGGACGUGAAAUCUGGCGUGCUGGCACCUGAUGGAAACUCUCUCCGAUUCUCCCCUCGAGACGAGCGCGAGACCACCUACUCAUCCUCCCCUUCUGACUCCAAGUCGACGAUCGAGCAGAUUUGGAGAGAAGAACCGUCUCUAUCGAGAUCGCAGGGAUGGCUCAAUCGAUGGUUGGCAAUUGGUGGAGAGGGAUCUGUCGUUAUACAGCUCGCCGGAACCCAGGACAAUGUCUCACUCCCCCAUAGACCAUCAGCAUUCCCAUCGCAGCUCUUCCCACCCUUCACUCUGCCCAUCUCAGGUACACUCAAACCAUUCACGUCGUUCCUCGAGACUUCUGCCGAAUCUGAUCAGACUCCACACGCCAAGCAACAAGAUCGUGGCACUCGCUCACCAUCUCCCAUCCAAGGCUGUGUAGCUCAGCCGCUAGGACACGAUCGGCCUUCGUAUGCCGAUGAUAUCGCCCUGAUAGAACGUGGUGGAUGUGAUUUCGCUCGCAAAGUCAGAGCGGCCCAAGUGAGAGGAGCAUCAGGAGUCAUUGUAGGUGAUGGACCUGCUAGGGAAGGUGAAACGGAUCAAGAGGGAAGAUUGAGAGAGAAUCUCAUCACAAUGUUCUCGCCAGAGGACACAUACGACAUUUAUAUCCCUUCCGUGUUCGUAUCGCGCGCCUCUUACCUCUUCUUGAUGGAUAUCUUUCAAAAUCAGACCUCUCAUGGCUUCUCUAAGGGAAUACGCGUCGAGAUCAGUGAAGGCGCCGAUGAAGGGGGGGCCCUUAGUAGUCUCCUGAGCUUCGCUUUGCUUAUGCCGAGUUUGUUCCUCCUGGCCACCAUUGCGAUACACCGAAUCCGAGUGGCGAGACAACGCGAGGCUGAACGUGCUCCGCCCAUGGUCGUUCUCUCUCUCCCUGAGCGUAUUUGGACUCCCGAUAUAAUCUGGGAGAAGGAUAGCGAUACCGAAUCGACACUGUCCUCUCCAUCCACUCCUACUCCUCAGAAGAGCUCUUCUCGACGUCCAUUUCAACAUAGUCAAGCUUCUUCAAGGUCCAUCAAUGCCGCAAUCGUCCCUCCUCCACCACCCAUCUCCUCCAGUGAAGUGGUUCCGGCUCCGCCCGAAGCGAUCGAUAUGAUUACCUCCUCUCGACCUAAACGAGCACACAUAUCCCCUAGUGCCAUGGCCGGCUCUGGUUCUGGGUUUGGUACAGGAACGACACGAACGAAAGCGCGGACGAAGAGUGGCGUCUCGGCUAAGAAGUAUUUCUCAAAGGACGAAUGUGCGAUUUGCAUGGACUCGUUCCAGCGUGGAGAAAUCGUCAGGAUUUUGCCAUGCGGGCACGUAUUCCACAAGGACGAAUGCGAUGAGUGGUUGAUGAAGUGGAGAAAAUUGUGCCCGACGUGCCGCGCGGACGUUACUGUUCCUCCUGGUGGAUCUAUGGAUGGAACGACCAUGACUCCCGUGGCGCUCCAAGAUACAGACGGGAGCGCGGCAGCGGCCGCAUCUAAUCAUCCGAUAGCAUCACAGACGCUCCGUGAGCGGGUAUCUCAUGCGCUCGCUCGCACUCGACGGUCGAUAUUCCGACGUAAUAAUGUACGCUUAGACGAUGAAGAAGGUGGUAGAGGAGCAGGCGCAAGUGCAAGUGCAAGCGAACGUACACCACUCGUUCGUCGAUCUGCUGAGAACUCAUCGGAUUGAUUGAUCCUUGAAAAGGCGCUUGGGCAUGCUCCUCCAUACGCCAUCU